UGCGUGUGAAGUACUAGUACUAUUACUAUUAUUACCUCUCCUGUCCGAGUUCUCAAAAUCCUUUUUUUUUUUGAGAAAUCAGAAACUCACAAGGGAAUUAUGCUUUCAGCUUAGCUUGCUUCGCAAUUUCCUUCUUCCCUCUUUCUCUUUUUAAAUUAUAGUACAAGAUUUGGAUUUAGGUUUGUUUUUCUAGAUCUUCGUUGUUAAUUAUAUAGGGAGAGCGAGUUAGUGAAAGAGCGCAAGUGAGAAAAUGGAGGAAAGUAGGUUGUGUCAGUGGACUGUGAUUCGAUCCGUAUUAUCCAUUCUUCAAUGGUGGGGUUUUAAUGUCACUGUUAUUAUCAUGAAUAAAUGGAUCUUUCAGAAAAUGGAUUUUAAGUUUCCCUUGACAGUAUCUUGCAUACACUUUAUUUGCUCAGCCAUUGGUGCAUACAUGGUGAUUAAAGUGCUAAAGCUUAAACCUCUUAUUGUGGUUGACCCUGAGGAUCGCUGGAGAAGGAUUUUCCCCAUGUCAUUUGUGUUUUGUAUCAACAUAGUGCUGGGCAAUGUCAGCCUGCGCUACAUCCCUGUUUCAUUUAUGCAAACGAUAAAGUCAUUCACCCCUGCAACUACAGUUAUUUUACAGUGGCUAGUUUGGAGCAAGCACUUUGACAUGCGGAUUUGGGCUUCUUUGAUACCUAUUGUUGGAGGAAUUCUCCUCACCUCCAUCACAGAGCUAAGUUUUAACAUGUUUGGAUUUUGUGCUGCCUUAUUUGGUUGUCUGGCUACGUCCACAAAGACGAUUCUUGCAGAGUCUCUACUGCAUGGUUACAAAUUUGACAGCAUAAACACGGUAUAUUACAUGGCUCCUUUUGCCACAAUGAUCUUGGCGGUACCAGCUUUACUACUGGAAGGCCCUGGAGUAGUGGCAUGGUUGCAGACGGGCCCCCCACUUCUUUCAUCCUUCUGCAUUAUUUUUGGCUCUGGUGUGUUGGCUUUUUGCCUCAAUUUCUCUAUCUUCUAUGUCAUUCACUCAACCACAGCAGUCACCUUUAAUGUCGCUGGAAACCUUAAGGUUGCAGUUGCUGUAACUUGUUCAUGGCUUAUCUUCCGAAACCCAAUCUCAAUGAUGAAUGCCGUUGGAUGUGCUAUAACGCUUAUCGGAUGUACAUUCUAUGGGUACGUGAGGCACAUGCUCUCACAACAAACUCCAGGCACUCCUCGGACACCUCGGACCCCAAGAAAAAGUAUGGAGUUUGUCCCUCUAGUAAACGAGAAGUUAGAGGAUAAAGUUUAAUGCCAGGUGUGCUUGAAACAGGAACUAGGUAAAACUUUGAUAUAGAAGAGAAGUAUAAAGAAGAAACAAAUCGUUCAUUGUUGUCUAAUUUACCGUUUAGGUAUAUCGAAUUCUGGAUCUCUUAUUUAACUUAUUUAUUUACCUUCAUCCCCUGUCCGAAUUGGCUAGAUUUGGUUUUUGUUUUUGCGUAUAGAAGAGAAGCACAGAGAAAUGAUUCUUUCACUUUUGUCUAAUGUACCAUUUAGGUAAUUCCGGUACCAAAUCUUUUAUUACCUCAUUUAUUUGCCUUACCUUUUA